UUUGGAUAACAGUAGGUGAAGUUUGCACUUUGCAGUUGACUUAUCCCUUUGGAUUGGCACUGAACCAAACCAACAACACAACACAAUGAGAGGGUGUGCAUUGCCUUUAACCAAAUUGGCGCCCCCUCCGCAUUUGAGCAAGUUCAAGUUUUACCCAUUUCCCAUUGCUGCAAUUGCAACACACUCUCUCACCCCAACACGAAACCUCAAAGCACACUUGUCAUUUUCUGUUACUGUUGCUGCCCAACAACAACAACAAGAACUAGAAACUGAUGAAGAGGAAAACUUUGAAGUGCUCACAGCUAUCAAAACUAAUUACAAUGACAUACUCAUAGUGGACACCCCAAAGUCUAGAAUGCUACUCCUUGAUUCGUCUUAUAGUGUUCAUAGCAUUCUUAACAAGGAGCAAAAAUGGACUGAUUCUUACUGGGAUGAAUUUGCCAGCUUGCCAGCUAUUGUUCCAGAAGGUCCCAUUGCUAUCUUAGGUUUGGGUGGUGGAACAGCUGCUCAUCUGAUGCUUGACUUAUGGCCUUCACUGCAACUUGAUGGUUGGGAGAUUGAUCAAAUCUUGAUUGAUAAAGCAAGAGAUUAUUUUGGCCUAUCCGCUCUGGAGAAGAAAAAAAAAGAUGGUGGCGUUUUAAAUGUUCAUAUUGGUGAUGUCUUCAUUCCCUCAAAGGAUUUUCACAGAAGAUAUGCUGGCAUUGUAGUUGACUUGUUCUCCGAUGGAAAAGUUUUGCCUCAGCUGCAAGAGGUUAGUACUUGGUUGGAAUUACACGAGAGAUUGAUGGCCAAUGGCCGCUUCAUGGUGAAUUGUGGUGGCAGUGAUGGGGGGCCAAAUGCCAUGGAUGGAACUACUGAUUCAGAAAUUCCAUCAAGUGAUGAAUCAUGGUUAUUAAAUCCAGCAUUACGAGCACUAUCCAAAGCAUUUCCUGGACAACUAUGUUGGAAGAGAAUGCCAAAGAAAAAUGGUGAAAAUUUUAUGGCACUUACAGGACCUUUGCCUGAUCUGGAAUCUUGGUCUGCUAGUAUGCCUUCUCCACUGAGCAAAAGUGUGAAGAAUUGGAGACCAUUAUGAGUUGGUUUCUAGGAUUUGAUCUUCCCUCUUCGUAGCAAAUUUGAAAAUAUGUUUUGUAGAGGAAGCAGUGAAUUUUUUAUUUUUAUUUUUAUUCUUAAAACAACUAUUUCAAACUAGAUUGUUGAUAAUCUACACACCAGGAUCCAUCCUCCUUCUCAACAAACAAGAUUGGAGCCACCAAGGUGAGGAACUCAAGUGUAUGAAACCUCUAUAUAGUAAAUCCUUUAAGGAGAGUUAGUAACACAUUCUCUAACAUACAUGAUUAUGGUGGAAUUCGUUUACGAGUUCUUUUUAUUUGAA